GAAAGCAUUCCCAGCCUUCACUGCAGCAGGAGGAGCAGCCUGGACCCUCAGCUGGAGCACAUACUGUAGGUAAAGGAAAAACAACGUGUGCAGAGAUGUUUGCCAUACAGAAACCUGAAAGCAGCCCUCACCAGUCUCCUUUUUAUGGCACUAAGCCUCUGGGAAGCAUACCGUUUCCCAGUGACAAAGAGAGGAAACAGGACACUAAUUUUAACAUUUUGGAGGAGGCAUAUGAUAAAAAUGAAAACUGGAGGCAGGAGAAGAGAGUUGAAGGUGACUGGGAAGAUAAACUAAAUGAAGACAGUGACAAAAUUCCAUUAGAAGAUAACAGAACCAAUCAAAAGAAGAAUGCAAUGGUAAAAUUGAAGGCUGCCAAGUCUGAAGGGAUCAGCUUGUCUUCUUCAGAGGAAGAAGUCAGAAGCCCCCCGGAAGGGGCAGAAAUAAUGCAAUUAGGAAUGGACACACCAGCUCAAGAGACAACAAAGGGAUGCAACGAAUGGCCAGGAUCACCAUUAGAAGACAACGGUUAUGCCAGCAGCUCACUUAGCAUUGACAGUCCUGACAGUAUAACUGACACUACCUGGGAGGACUCCAAAGCUCCUACUUUAGAAUCCACUAAACAGGAGAAUCCUGAAAUGGAGAACUCUGAAGAUGAAUCCUCAUCAGAUUCAGAAUCCCUCACACUGACACUGACGGAAGCUUUCCAGAGUCUACAAGACAAGGAAAAACUAAAGGAGCAAGAAAAAGAGAAACACCAUGCACAAUUGAUAAUGUAUAGGAGACUGGCUCUUCUAAGAUGGAUCAGAAGCCUUCAACAACGAGUGAAGGAUCAGCAGAACAGGCUUCAGGAGAGUUUUGACACUAUCCUAGACAACCGCAAGGAGAUCUUGAGGUACAUCCAGCAUGGCUGCAAUAAAUUACCUACUAAGGAAGCUGCGUGAGAAAGUAAAAAUCAUACCUCUUCUAGAUGUGUAAAAUGCUCAUCCUAAUUUUCUUCACCCUUGAACUCAAAAUAGUCACAAAAACAUAAUGCCAUGUGCAGAAAAGCCAGAUUUAAAAAAAUAUAUACUGAAGGCCACUAUUACAACUUUUACGUACCCAACCAAGUACUGGGAGUGGGAGAGUAACUACUGUAUUUAUUCACCUUGAUGUUAUAUAAAGAAGUAAUAAAGUGACAAGAAACAUAAUAAAUGUUUACAUUGCUAUAACAUUCCCAUCGAAUAAUCUGUAAGAUCAAUUCUUUUGCACAAGCAAUGAGAUAAAAAUACAAAAUGCUUUUAUUCAUCACCAUUCAGAAAAGACUACUCUAUUAUUUUAGUUGAAUAUAUUUUUUAUAUAAAUGUAUUAUGUUACCAUAAAAAAUCCUUUGUGUAAUUGUGUGUGCUAUGUUAAUACAUUAAAUAACAGAAUUAGAAAAAAAAAAUUUAAAAUUCGGCGAAGCAGCCGAUUCGAAUUUUCAAUAAAUUUGCUCAUCUCUAAACAAAAUAUUAAAUGCACAAUAUAUUGCCUUUGGCACAAAAAGUAGCCAUUACCAUAAAAGAUGUACUAUGUAUUUUGUAGCAUUUGUUGAGCAGAUCAAUGUGAUUAUGCCACAAUAAUUCAUGUGAUUUUCAUUCCGUAGGAAUAAAUGGGAUUGUUGCCUUCUAGACACAUAAUAUGCAUCAAUACAAUUUAUUAAAAGUGUUUUCCAGACUACAAAAUGUAUAGCCGCACCCCUUCAUUUUAUACCAUGCACAGCCCCGUAAUUUCUAGUAAACAAUCAAAUGGAUGAGGAGCUCAAUGUAGCACUGCGGCACCUUGAAUCAGCUGAUUUACUGGAUGGACCACCACCAGGAUAAUAUUGUUGGCUCAACCUGAGG